CAGGAGGUGGUCGCCUGAUAGACAGGAUGCGCAAGUGGUAUUAUAAUGCAGCUGGAUUCAACAAGCUUGGACUAAUGCGAGAUGAUACCUUGUAUGAAGAUGAUGAUGUAAAAGAAGCACUGAGGAGACUUCCUGAACAUCUUUAUAAUGAAAGAAUAUUUCGCAUAAAGCGAGCACUUGACUUAAGCCUGAAACAUCGGAUCCUUCCAAAAGACCAGUGGGUGAAAUACGAAGAGGAUAAGCAUUAUCUUGAACCGUACCUAAAAGAAGUAAUCCGUGAAAGACUCGAAAGAGAAGCAUGGAACAAGAAAUAACUAUUGAACUACUUCAUGCAAAUACCCACGUAUUUCUGAUAUUUUUAAACAUUUGGUUAUAGAGGUCUACAGGGAGGCAAAUGUGAGUCUGAGGAAUACUGUUUCAGCUUGUUCAUUGAAACUGUUCAUCCAACUAAAAUAAACAUGUCAAAGUAUAAAA